GAAGUUCAAACCCAUCGAUUGUGGAUUGUUUGUGUUGUGAGUGUAAAAAAGUUUGUUUUAUUUUAUGAGAUUACGUGUUGGAUUCUAUAAUGGAAGGCGAAACGUUGAAGGAAUGGUUAGACAGGGAGGAGAAAGAGAAAGCUCUUGUAGAACGAGAUAAUAUGAUAUCAUUGUGCAACAUGAUGUGGAGGCUAGAUUGUGAAGGGCAUGGGGUAAUAAAAUGGGUUCACCGUUCAAAAAUCUUCCAUGUGUGUCUAGAAAGACUUUACAAAGAAAGGGUGAACCGUGAAGUUCUUCUCCAAAUGCUAAGGUGCUGUGUCCAAGUGAUGAUGCAGUUAAUACCUACGUUUCGGGGUGUGGUGAUCGAUGUAAUUUGCGAACGAAAACGCAUGCUUGAGGGAACAAAGGGUCGUUUUACGCAAAGACGAAUGCAGAACACUGUUAUUCGCUGGUUUUUAGACGGGCUGCCUAACAACUGCACAAUAUAUGUUCAGGAAGAGCUACGAGAUCUUGGCUUGCAAACUCAGAGACCAUACUGGCCCUCAGAAAUCCUUAAUCUGCAUUGCUUUGGUGGAGAUGAACUAAAGGUUGAGGCUUACAAGGAUGAUAAUGUUAACUAACUAACCUAUACACUAACUACGCUUUGUAGAGAGCACGGGGGCAGUUCUUCAAAAAAAUAUUUUAUUCUUAAAUCAUAUACAAAUUCAUGACGAAUUACAACUAUUCCAGAACUAUCUGAAAAAGGUUGGAAGCUGCGAUGCAUUUACAAACACCGCUCAGUAACCUGUUAUUAAAUCUAACUUGUCAAAGACCUGAUGUAAAUCUCAGGAAUGAGAUUUGUCAAAUGAACAGCUGCAGUGCAGCAAAUUUUUGUUGUCAAAUAAGGGUUACAUUUUUCGUUUUAAGUCUGAUAAAAUCCAUUGAAGAAACUUCUACACAUUGGUUAUUCUCAAUCUAUAGGCAAGACUCAAUUAAGUCAAACCCUGAUGAGGAUAAUCCAAGGCAAAAGUUGGCUAGGGAACAAAUGAGAUGCUUUGUUGAGAACUAAGAGUUUUGAAGUGGAAUUCUUGCAAUAUAUACCAAAAGUCAAAUCUCAAUUUG